UGUGAGGAACUGAAAGCAGCAAAGGGCAGUUGAGGGGAAAGGGAGGAGCGCUGGGCAGACAGCAAGGUUACGCAUGAGAACUGAGGAAUUAAACAAAGCAACAGAGAGGCAGAGGAGGGAGAGCACAGGUAGUGUUGCUUGGCUUUCAAUCUUACCUCACAGCUAAUUACUACGUUCUCCAUGUGCCGCGAGAAAGCAAACAGAAACUAAGUGAGGAAAACAGCAAACAGAAAAGGGCAGCUGAAGGCAGGCGGGGGAGAGAAAGCAGAAGUAACAAGGAAAGGAGACGGCAGUUAAAAAGUCUGGGAGAUUAAUUGAGGAAGAGAAACAAAACAGUGAGGAGUUAGUGAGGGGAGGGGGACAAAUAAGAAAACAGCAGAUACUCAUUGACAGAGAGAACUGGACUUAACUCAGUGGAUUACUGACAUCAGCAAAACAAAAGGAAGAAGAGCGUCAGAAAAAGAGGUCACUGUGGUCCGGCAGCAGUGUAGCCUUUUCUGGCUUGUUUGCUGAAGACAGCUGAGACAGACAGAGUUCACAGUUCACACAGAAAGUCCUCUCUGUAACAGCAGCAUGUUGAUGAAAGAGUACCGCAUAUGUAUGCCACUGACUGUGGAUGAGUACAGGAUUGGGCAGCUGUACAUGAUCAGUAAGCACAGCUGUGAGCAGAGCGGCGGUGGAGAAGGGGUGGAGGUGGUGAUGAAUGAGUCAGACGUUCACCCUCAGCACGGCCCGGGACAGUUGACCGAGAAGCGAAUCUACCUCAGCAGUAAACUGCCUUCCUGGGCGAGAGCGUUUGUCCCGCGAUUCUUCUACGUGACAGAAAAGGCCUGGAACUUUUACCCAUACACCAUCACAGAGUACUCGGUAUCAUUCCUCCCCAAGUUCAGCAUCCGCAUUGAGACGAGAUUCGAGAACAACAACGGCGAUAACGAUAAUGUGUUCGGGGACACGCCGACCCCGCCGGAGAAUGUGAGUUUCCUGGAUAUCCUGAAUGACACCAUCCCCGAAAAGCACUACAAAGAGUCAGAGGACCCGAGUCGCUGGCAGUCGAGUAAAACUGGCCGAGGGCCUCUGGAGAAAGGCUGGAGAAAUGACCACAAGCCCAUUAUGUGCUCCUAUAAGAGGGUGCAGUGCAGCUUCGAGGUGUACGGCUUCCAAACCAGGACCGAGGAGUUCAUACACAAAAACAUCCGGGACAUUCUCCUGGUCGGCCACAGGCAAGCAGUGACGUGGAUAGAUGAAUGGCACGGGCUCAGUUUGGAGGAGGUGAGAGAGUACGAACGAGCGAUGCAAGAGAAGACCAACAGCAAAGUCAAAUCCAGCCAGAACAACACAGGCCCACCGGCUGCCACUCGUCCACCGUUCUCUCGCUCCAUCUCAGUGACAGACGAGCGUUCCCUGAAGAAGAUGGGACUGACGACUGCGGCCAUGUCUGACCCCUCUGCCUCCUCUGUGCCACAAAGUCCCAUUCGCCUCAACUCCACCCCUGAAUGAUGCCUCACACUCACACAGUCACACACUCAAAUACUGUACAGCGCAUACACACAGAAACCAAUGUCAACGUUCACCAGAGUCAUGUGAUGUUGUUUCUCAAACACACACACACACCCACGUGCGAACAGUAACAUUAAGGGACAUUUUGGAUUUAUUUACUCUCUGGGGGUGAGUCAGAUGACACAUUUUCACAUUUGUCUGUCAAAUGUAAGGCUACUGCUGGGAGACAAUUAGCUUAGCUUAGCAUAAACACUAGGAAAAGGGGGAAACUGCUAGCCUAUGCAAAGAUAACAAAAUCUGCCGAGCAGCACUCCCUCAGCAGGGGUGAUCCUAGACUCUGCAGGGCCCCGGGCAAAGACACCUGCUGAGGACCAAAGUCAUAGAGGGGCUAGAAGGAGUCCUGUGGAUAUUUGGGUCAGUGGCAGUGCACUGUAUAGUGCCUUUGUGGGAGGCUUAACGGGGUUAUUGUUGUCACUGCAAAAUGUGCCACUGUGAGUGGCUGAUGGUGCACCGCUGUUCUUCAGAUCAUUUGUUAACAUGUCUUGGUUGUUUAAUCCGCACAAAUAUAUAUAUUUAUAUAUAUAUGAAAAUGACAAUAAAAAUGACUGUUUUACCCUGGUGAUGUACAGCACAAUAUUACCGUAAAACACUGAAUUGUUGUUUUUACACUUACAUUUUUGUGCAGAUUAAACAAUUAAGACACAACACACUAGUAGAUGGAUUUUGGCAUCACUAUGCCCCUUUCCCACAGCACAAAAACCCACUAAUAGCUGCUACCAUCUGGCUUUUGUAUGUAAAGGUAAAGCUUAAAACUGGCAUUCAGUCACACCGGUCAAAUGACUCUGCAGUAGUCAUGUUUCAUUAGUAAUAUGAAUCAGCUUAGCAGUGAUGGAAACACAACACCUUCAUUUUAGCCCCUUUUACUGGUAAGAUGCAAUGAAGCGCCACAAAAUACCCUCCGCCUCCGCCGCAGCAGUGCUGAAACAUCAUUCCAACUUAGGCUGCACCAACUUACAAAGAGAUACUUAAUAAGUAAGAGAUAUCAAAAUAAGUAACCACCAUAACAUUUUCAUUGGCCUCAAUGCUAGUUUCAAUUGUUUACUGACCAGUUUUCCGGCCUGUCUGUGACAUUGAAUGUGACAUACUGGUAAAAAAAAAUAUAUAUAUAUACAGAAAGGUAGACUCAUCAGCUGCAGAACCAUGUACACAGCUCUGGUCUACCGGCAUUGGACAAGCCUAU